CGAUAGAAUCGGAAAGAAAUUAUCCAGCUAGGCAAAUAUCGAAGUCUCCAUUUUUAAUAACAGGGGAGCUCAUGAAGAGAAGCCAGAGGGAGGAAAAUAAGCACGCCUGCCGAAAUACACGAUAGUGACAUCGCCACUGGAGGAUCAUCUUCAUGGAAGCACAUCAGACCGCCUUCUGCCAUUUUCUAUAAAGCCUUCUGAUAAAUUUCAUGACUUCAUUACGGGGAUGUCUCUACCAAGCUGAGAACAACACGCCACCUCAUCACCAAAAGCGGGCGAUACCUCGAAUCUUAUUUCAUUCCUCUGCAUUCCUCCUUACUUUUCUUUACUCGUCUUCAUGUCUUUGUAGGAAUUGAUCCCUCAAAUUCAUAACAUACGUUAUACCCUUCUUAUAUCCAGAGCCUCUUGAUAUGGAAGGAAGGCACACAAGUACAAACAACAAUGUCUUCAGAUAAAAACCAGUACUGGAUACCAAACCGCGAUAUCAACAAGAAAGUCAUCACUCAGGAGAUACAAUAUUAUCUUGGUCCCGAAUCUACCGUUCGUCCUUAUACUCGAGAUGUAUAUGCUCCCUCCCACCUAACUUGAUUCUUCGACUCAUUCUCUUACUCACAACAAUCCAGGGCGAAGACGGCUUCCUAAUUUCUACACCAGGAGAAUGCCUCACAGAUGUACUUGCCCCAUUUACCUUCCAAAUAUUUCUCAAGAAAACAUACUAACGUUCCGUCAAGGAACAAAUCGACGACAUCUGCCGCAAAUCCGAGGAAGUAUGGGAAAAGCAAGCCGCCGCCCGCGUGAAGAAAGACUCGGACUGGCAACUCAAACGGCCCUACCACCAGCCUGUUGUCGUUUCGCGCGGAGGAAGUGAUAGAGGCGGUGGCAGUAGCAGCAGUGGUAGCGGGAGAGGGAGUGGAAGUUCUCGAUCUCAUCACCACCACCACCAUAGGCGACACUCAAGAGACAGAGGGGAAGGCCAUUCAAGACAUCGACCAUUUACUCAUGAAGGGGAGUGCAGCAGGAGAUGAAAAGGCUGAACAGCGUCGUUGGAAAUUGGUUUUCCUGGUUCGAAAUUGAAAGGACGGGAGGAAUAUCCAGGAGGAAGUGCUUGUGUGUUCGAUUGCAUAGCAUGGCGGGUUUUGGUGAUUUAGCGUCAUUUCGUUUGUUCAAUCCCGUUUUGUUUGCUUGUUCGAGGCCAAUAUCUUCACGUUUGUUUCCUUCAGCAAGUUCCUAUACUCACA